UAUCAAAAUGAGUGAUCAUAAAUAAUAACGCGAGAGUUUGCAAGUUGCCUGCCGACUGUAGUCACAACUGUCAAAGGCAGCGGCGGAUACGCGUGUGACCCAGCACCCAUACUGUUACUGUACACGGUCGCGGAGAUAAUAUCCCUAUCAAACUAAUACACGGCAUAAUCCCGAGGUAAGGACCAGAAUCGAGGGGCUGCGGCGAAACCGCGCGACGCUGUGCCUUCCCCUCUGCUUUCCGUCGCGUUCACUUCUUCCACCCUCGAUUACUGCACUAAACAUAUCCCCGUGCCUCCUUUAGCAACAGCGCGAAGGGUUUUUUUACUCCUCCUUCGUAUUAAAGUCGCCAUUUUGCUUCACUGCCUAUGAAAGCUUCUUGUAUUUUCAUAUUUGUGGCGGCGUUUCUGCGUAUUUGUCCGCGUGCUUUUGAGUUGGAUUUUAAUGAGAGAGCUCGUGGAUUACAUAUUGAUGAAGAGGGGCGCCGAGUGCAGUCUGGAAACACGGUGAAAGUGUUCGGCUUGUGGGCAUUUGCCUCAGCUUGCUCUUUUUUCUUCCUCCUUCUUCUUCUUCAUCUUCUUCAUCAUCUUCCUCCGCGGGUACGCACAGCGGGGGCCGUGAGUGUGGCUACCGACCGUGACGCCCGUCUGUCCGCGACUCGCCGCGCGUCAGGUGCGUUUGCCAUGUAAAGUCGAGCGGCGCGACGCGAGAGUAAAGGCUGUAGCCUGACCCCACGUGGGUGACCCGCUCACCCGCUCACCCGCCAGCGUUGGGUGACUUUCCAGGCAUGGACACCUCCAGUGGUGCCCGGGUGGUGAAGCCUUCCUCGGGCUUGUCAAAGAGGCGCACUGCCAAACAGGCCCACCCCGCAGAGAUGCCCCGAAUGGGCAGCACUGAAAACGACAAUCACAGUUCCUCCUAUAAUGAGAAAUCAGAGGGUAAGAAGAAAGGACGCCCUCGCGUGGAGGUGCAGGAGCUGCGCAUUAUUCCCGCCCAUAUGAUGGUUCAGUGGAAAGAGGAGUUUAAGAGUCGUUCCAGGGUGAAAUGUCCAUGCUCAGGCUGCUGGUUGGAAUUCCCCAGUAUUUACGGACUUAAAUAUCACUAUCAGCGAUGCCAAGGGGCGACCAUAGCAGAGAAGCUGAGUCACAGAUGCCCGUAAACUGAUACGUUCAAGGCCCAGAAAGGUAGUAAGGACAAACAUACUAUAUCAAUUUUAUAUAACCACCCAGAAAGGGUCACCAUGGAGACCAAGUCCGGGGUCACCUUGGACGCCAAAUCCGAUCACAAGUCCGAACCUAAACAACAGAAAAGCCCCGUGAAGCGAAAUGCUAAAAAAAGGCCCGUGGAGAACAGCCCUCCAUCACCCGUAUUUACCAAGGUGAAGAAGACCCAGGAGGUGUCUCGGCCCUCACAGAAUGGGGAGUGCGCCCCCCAAAGGCCGGACAGGAAACAGCAGCAGGGGACAUCCGUAGACACUGGGGGCAGUGAGAGCGAGGGGGACAGUCUACCCCCACCCUUCCCUGAGGAGGACCCUGAGAGAAUGAAGCACAGGAGGAAGCAGAAAACUCCAAAGAAGUUCACCGGGGAGCAGCCGUCUAUUUCAGGAACAUUCGGUUUGAAAGGAAUGAAUAAGGUGGAGGAGAAGUUGAAAGCAGGUCGGAUGAAGAGGGCGGAAGGGGCUUUGUUCACUGAGGAGUCCCAGAGGAAGCAGUCGGUUCAAGCUCCCACCAGAAAAGAAGCUGCUGUUAUUAGCUCAGUUCCCCCUGCUGAAGCCCAGUGGCAGAACACCAUCUCUGAGAGAGGGGAAGUGGUCUGUCCCACCUGCUCUGUCGUCACUCGCAAGACCGUCCAUGGACUUAAGAAGCACAUGGAGAUCUGUCAGAAGCUGCGGGACGCUCUGAAAUGUCAGCAGUGUCAGAAACAAUUCCGAUCAAAAGCUGGACUCAAUUACCACAGCAUGGCUGACCACAUUAAGCCCUCGGCGAGUGAAAAUGUGUCGGAGGAGGAGCAGGAGGAGAGAGAGAGGCUACGCUGCGUCCUCAAACAGAUGGGCCGAAUCAAAUGUCCCAGUGAGGGCUGUUCAGCUCAUUUCUCCAGUCUGAUGGGUUAUCAGUAUCAUCAGAAACGCUGUGGCAGAGAGCUGCCAGAUGGACAGAAGCCUGUCUUCCUGUGCCAGCACUGUGGUAAGACCUAUCGCUCAAAAGCUGGCCGUGACUACCACCUGCGCACCGAGCAUCCCGUCACCGCCCUGUCCACACACUCGCUCACAGCUGAGGACUGGAAACAGGAAGACAGUAAAGAUGAGGAGGAUGUGCUGGAGGACGAAGAAGAGGAGGAGGAGGAGGAAGAGGAAGAGGAAGAACCUGUGCAAAUAAAGGGCAGAGAGAAGGCAAAGGAGAGAGUAGACGAGCCGGUGGAGAAGAUGGAGGAGAGGAAGGAGGAGAAAACAGAGGUGGAGGAGCUGCUGGAUUUGGAGAGGACACCCAGUGGCAGGGUGCGCCGGCGCUCGGCUCAGGUGGCGGUGUUCCACCUGCAGGAGAUCGCAGAGGACGAGCUGGCCAAAGACUGGGGCACCAAACGACGCAUCAAAGAUGACCUCGUACCAGACAUCAAGAGGCUCAACUAUACACGACCAGGUCUCCCCAACUUUAGCCCUGAAACUGUGAACAGCUGGAAGAACGAGGUGAAGGAAAAAGGAUUUAUCUGCUGCCCCAAUUGUAACUGCGAGGCUAUCUACUCAAGUGUAUCUGGACUUAAAGCGCACUUGGCAAGCUGUAACAAGGGAGGGGGCGACGUAGGGAAGUACACUUGUUUGCUCUGUCAGAAGGAGUUUAACUCUGAGAGUGGCGUGAAGUACCAUAUCAGCAAGACACACUCUCAGAACUGGUUUCGGGCGUCUACCAACGAGGUGACCAACAACAAGAAAAAAGAGCCAGAGAGCAAUGGCUUACAGAAGGACAUGAAAAACGUAGUGCCUGGGAAGAGGAGGGGACGAAAGCCCAAAGAGCACCACCUGGUGACAGCCCCUUUUCCAGCAGAGACUCAGAGCUACAGCCCAGCUCCAGCUCCGCUUCUACCCCAGACCGUAAGCCCAGCCCCAGAAAGCCAAACCCCCACACCCAACCCCAUCACCAACACCCCAACCACUCCCCCUGCCCCAGUGGACAGUGGGAAUCCAGCCCAAGCCAGAAACACACAGCCCCCUAUAAAGAAACGAGGCAAAACUAAGAAAGCGCAGACCGCUGAGUAACACGGCUUUCAAUCCGUCAACACCAGAAGGGAUGCUUUCCGAACUACUCCAGAGAAAACUUUAGUCAAUUCGGUCACAGAAAUGAAGGAUGGCACAAAAGAAUGAGCUCAGAAAGAUGAACGGCAGAACGAGGGGAUGAAAAA